AUGGCGGAACUUGCAAUUGGUUUGGCCAAGAUGGUGGUGGAGGGGACGCUCAACAGGGCUCAGGUGGCGAUCGAGCAGGAAGCCAGGAUGCGGAGGAGCGCCAAGAGUGACAUGUUGUACAUCACUCUGGAGUUCGAGAUGAUCCACUCCUUCCUGGACGUCGCCAAUCAACAACGCGUCAUGAACAAUCUGGUGAAGACCUGGGUGAAGCAGGUCCGGGAGCUCGCCUACGACGUCGAGGAUUGCAUCGAGUUCGUCGUCCACGUCGGCAUGCAGACCAGGUGGUGGUUCCGAAUAAUCCCCAACUGCGCCGGCCCAAAGACAUUUUUGCUGGAAGAGGCGGUCCAGGAGUUGGAGGAGCUCAGGGCCAGGGCUGAGGAAUUGAGUAAGUGUUACUUACGCUACAACCACAUCACCGACUCUGAACCCAUGCUCUUCAGGCUGCAACAACAUGCAUCUGGCUCCACCGCUGGUGGAGCAAUAGUACUGGACAUGCUCAUCAGGGCAAGGGAUGCACCGAUUCGGGAUCUCGCCCUGCUGAUCACCAAGAAAGAUGACCAAGACCUUCAAGUUAUCUCGGUGUGGGAAACAGUGGACAGCGACCUUGGGACGACAUCCAUCAUCAGGAAGGUCUACAAUGACCCUUCAGUCGUCUCUUACUUCAACUGUCAUGCCUGGGUGAAGAUUAUGCACCCUUUCAAUCCUCAUGAUUUUGUCCGGAGCCUUAUGGCUCAGUUCUCAGCAAACUCUUGCGAUCAACGACAAAGAGCAACAAUAGGUAUGCAUGUCCUAACCAAGAUGCAGGGCACCCAGGAAGAUCAGCUCUUCGACGAGUUGGAGCAAUUGAUCACGAACAAGAGGCACCUCAUUGUAUUGGAAGGCCUUUCAAACAUGGUAGAAUGGGAUGCUAUCAUGGCGUUCCUUCCUAACAUGAAGAAUGGCAGCUGGAUCAUCGUGUCCACGCAGCGCUUCGAGAUAGCAAGCUUGUGCAUCGGACAUUCAUACCAGCUAACGGAACUGAAGCGCUUCUCGGCUGAGCACUCCGUUUGUGCCCUCUUCAAGGAGGGUUCUCAAGGAGGUGGAGAGAGAGGCGACAAAUCAAUAAUGUUGCGUGCAGUAAGCCAAAAUUAUUCCUCCUCUCAAAAGGAAGCAGUCGCUGAGUGGUUGAAUAAUUCUCACCUUGUUGGACGGGAGUCACAGCUGAAUGAACUUCGUAUUUGUACACUUAAAGCGCCCUUCAGCUCUUCCAGUGUUAUUUCUGUGUGGGGGAUGGUUGGCGUCGGGAAAUCAGCUCUUGUGAGAAACUUGUACUAUGACAGAAUGCUUCAUAGUGAACAAUUCAGCAGGUACAGUUGGGUGGACGUAUCUCAUCCCUUCGAUCUGAAUGACUUCUGUCGGAGCUUACUUGUGGAUCUUCAUUCGGUAAAAGACCCCGUUAAGGAGUGCUGCCAGCUUUUGAAUAAUCAUCCGUGCCUCAUUGUUAUUGAUGAUCUCCGGUCCAAACAAGAAUGGGAUAUGAUACGAACAAACUUGGUACCAAAAUCUUCUAAAAGUCUUGUCAUUGUCGUCACAACUGAAGCAAGCAUUGCUACAUAUUGCACAAACAAUGAAGAGCUCGUGUUUCAUGUCAAAUGUCUAGCACCUGAUGCCGCCUUUCGUCUCUUCAACAACAAGGUGGGUAGAAAUAAUCCAUCAUUCCCUGUAUUGAAUCACAUGAAGAAGGAACUAGAAGAAGUUAUCUUACGAUGUGGAGGUCUUCCCAAACUGAUAAUUGCUAUAGCUGACUCAUUGGCGACACAGACGGUCACAUUAAUGGAUAGUGUGCAUUCUUUGAAUCACAAAUUCAUGCACCAUCUAAAGAACAAUGUGGGGCACCAUGGCUUACGGGAUCUAUUCAGUUGGAUGCAUUCCCACAUCCACAGUUGCCCGGAUUCACUCAAGCCAUGUAUUUUCUACCUACCAAUUUUUCCUCAAGAUUGCAAACUCCGGCGGAGGCGACUAAUAAGGCGGUGGAUUGCAGAGGGUUACUCCAGAGACAACACUACAGAAUCUGCGGAGGAGAACGGGGAGAAGCAAUUCUCCGACCUGCUUGGUAUGGGCAUAAUCCAGCAGCCAUCAGAAAAAUUAACCACCGCUGAACCAGGCGACACAAGGAUGGUCUCAUGCCAGGUCAAUGGUUUUAUGCACGAGUACAUCAUCUCAAGUCGGUUGGAAGAGAACUUUGUGUUUGAACUGGGGGACAAUAGUGCCUUAACCACCCGGCGUACGGGGCGUCACCUGGUCAUACUGACAAGUUGGGACAGAGAUCAAACUGUGUUCGAGAGCAUCGACUUCUCGCGGCUACGGUCGCUGACCGUUUUUGGGAAGUGGAAAUCAUUCUUCAUCAACUGGAACACUGAUAUGAGAGUGCUUCGGGUGCUUGAUCUAGAAAAUGCAUUUGGCCUGAAAGAUCAUGAUCUCGAGAGGAUAGUGCAGCUAUUGGGUCGGCUGAAGUUCCUCUCUCUACGAGGAUGCCAUGAGCUCUCUCGAUUGCCAAGUUCACUGGGUCUUUUAAGGCAGCUACAGAGUUUGGAUGUCAGGGACACAGGCAUAAGUGUCCUGCCAAAGAACAUCACCGAACUAAAGGAAUUGCAGUACAUUCGUGCCGGCACGGGACCCGCUUCAUAUGGACUCCGUUGCCGAGCCGGUGUUCAGGUGCAUGGAUGUGUUAGCAGACUUUCAGCGUUGCACACGCUUGGAGUUGUCAACAUUGGUGCUUCAGGGGGGCUGACCAUCACGAGAGAGCUCAAGUUGCUCACUCAAUUGCGCAAGCUUGGAGUGUCUGGCGUCAACCGGAAGAACAUCAAGGAUUUUCUCUCUACAAUCUCAGGUCAUGUCCAUCUAGAAUCCUUGUCUGUGCAGCUUGACAAGGGUAAUGAAGGCUGCUUGGAUGAUAUCGUUUUGCCUUGCGAGAACCUACGGAGUCUUAAACUGUAUGGACUCGGAGAUAAGAUGCCUAUAGCGGCUUACAGCAGGUACAUGUCUGAAUAUGUACAGAGCAAUACCAAGUUACAAAAGUUGGAUCUGGAGAUGAACACUUCAAAAAAAAUUGACAUUGAGUUCCUUGCCAUGCUGCCAAGACUGUGUGUCCUACGCCUUCAAGUCAAACAGCAGCUUCAGGAUGAUAAGCUACACUUUUAUGCUGAGAUGAAUGGAGAGGAGUUGGUCACCUUCAAAAAGUUGAAGAUCCUCGAGAUUGCUUGCAGCUCCAGCGAGUUACACGUUGCAUUUGGAUCAAAAUCGAUGCAAAAUCUUGAGCUGCUCAAGAUUGACUGCUCCAGUGCAUUAUAUCAGCUUUCCGGCAUGAAUAAUCUAUCUGAACUCAAGGAAGUCUUCCUCAAAGGUACCAAUGAUGAAGCGAUCAGGGCAGAGUUUGCGAGCCAUCUUGCCAGUCAUCCAAGGCAACCUGUCGUGAAGCUGGAGGAACAACUACCGCGCUCGUCCUGAAGGGUUGACGACAUUGUCUCUGUUUAUUUCCCUUCAUUUUCUUUUGCCUACCACUAGCUCGAUCUAGCCUUUGCAAAUCCUGGUUUGUUUGUUUGUGUAAAGGCUUUGCACUUUCUUUUGUAAAAACAAGCUAUACUCUGCCGGUAGUUUGAUUCUGCUUACAUACAUGGCUCCAUUGUGAUAUGUGGUCAGCUGAUGUGCAGGACAGUUAACCAUGUAUUCUACCAUUAUUCAUUGUGAUAUGUGGUUAGUAUCAUGUAAUUAUUAUGAUA